AUGACGCCAUACACGACGACGCCAAAGAGGCCAACUGCUGCUAAGAAAGGAGACACGUCGUCUUCUGCAAAGAUGAAGCAAUCAUCGCUGCUGUCCUUCUUCACGAAGAGAUCAGCAAAGAAGGAGCCUGGUGUGAAGGCCGGACCGGUGCCUGGGUCCAAUGGUGGGUCCACUGGUGGGUCCUGUGGACUUAGUGAGGAUAAGGAGAAUUGUGGGAGCCUUGCAAGCGGUGACACGUCUAUCCUGUCAGACAAGGUGAAGAGCUCCACUCCUGCGACGCCUCUCACGCCCAGUUACACUGCUGUGAAGACAGAGAAGCAGCCCUUACAGCAGAGAGCUGAGAACGACACGUUGCAGAGCUCUCCCACCCCUGCGCCUGUGGCUGGUGGCUCCAACUCUAGAAGAACCAGGAAGAAUGUAAGCUACGCAGAGCUGAGCGAUGAGGACGACGGUGAGGAUGCCCCAGUGGUCAAUUCAUCAGCACGCAAGCGUCGUCGAGUCAUCGAGGACGACGACGACGGCGAGGAGUUCGUUCCGGAUGUACAGGAGGAAUCUGACGUGGAUGACGGCGACGCGUUCGUCGUGCCAGACGAUUUUGAGGACGAUUCCGGGGCCAUUGACGACGACGACGAGGAUCUUGUCGAGCUGACAAAGCCUAGACAGAAGAAGAGAUCCACACCAGCCAAGUCCCAGGCCUCCACUCCAUCGUCAAGUGCGUCGAAGCUGAGACAGUUCUCGUCAUCAUCAAGUUACAGGCCAAACGGCUCGACUCCCUCUAAACAGACACCUUCCUCAAGGGACAAGCCUGCUCCAAAGCAUCAGAAGUUCACGAAGGAGAACGAGGAGAGGUACCAGUGGCUUGUGGAUAUCCGUGACGCUGAGAAGCGUCCCAUCACUGACCCUGACUACGACCCGAGAACGCUGUAUAUCCCACCGUCAGCUUGGGCUAAGUUCACGGCUUUUGAGAAGCAGUACUGGGAGAUCAAGUCCAAGAUGUGGGACUGUAUAGUGUUCUUCAAGAAGGGAAAGUUCUAUGAGCUUUACGAGAAGGAUGCUAUGAUUGCUCAUAACGAGUUCGACCUGAAGAUUGCCGGAGGUGGUCGUGCUAACAUGCAAUUAGCUGGUAUUCCAGAGAUGUCGUUUGACUAUUGGGCAACGAGCUUCAUAUCAAAGGGCUUCAAGGUCGCCAAGGUUGAUCAGAAGGAGACCGGGCUGGCAAAGGAGAUCAGGGAAAGUGGCACGAAAGCUAAGAAAGAGGUCAUCCAGAGAGAGCUGAAGUGUGUCUUGACGGCAGGUACUCUGACAGAGGAGAGCAUGCUUGUCGAUGACAUGGCGAUGUACUGCUGUGCCAUCAGACAGGACCCAGAUCCUCAUGACCCAGCUGGCAUGGUGUUUGGUGUUGCCUUCAUAGACACAGCCACGGGCUCAAUCCAGAUGACGGAGUUCUCAGAUGAUAGUGAAUGCACCAAGUUUGAGACGUUGAUCUCUCAAUUGAGACCUAAAGAGGUGAUCUACGCAAAGGACAACCUGUGCUCAUUGGCUGUGAGAAUUCUCAAGUUCAAUUGCCAAAACCAGGCCAUAUUCAACGUCAUUAAGCCGGAUGAGGAGUUCUACGACUUUGAUGUCACCUUCGAGACUCUGACGAGAGCCAAGUACUUCCCAGCAGAGGACCUGGAUGACAUCUCGCAAUGGCCAGAGACCUUGAGAGCUUUCUACAACGAUCGUAAGAUGUCUGCCUUCUCAGCAUUUGGUGGGCUGUUGUGGUAUUUGAAGUCACUGAAACUUGACGAGUCAUUGGUCUCUCUGGGGAACAUCUCCACGUACACCACCAUCAGGGCAACGACGAACCUGGUGUUGGAUGGACAGACUCUACAGAACCUGGAGAUCUUUGCAAACUCGUUUGACGGCUCCGACAAGGGCACGUUGUUCAAGCUUGUGAACCGUGCAUCCACGCCAUUCGGCAAGAGACUGUUACAGACCUGGAUCGUCCAUCCUCUGUUGCACAAGGAUGAUAUCGACGAGAGGCUGGACUCCGUGGAUCAAUUGCUGGAGGACAUCGACCUGAGAUCCACCAUCGAGCUCACGCUGUCGAAGCUUCCAGAUCUGGAGAGGCUGCUUUCAAGAGUGCAUGCUGGUCAGCUUAAACUGAAGGACUUCACAAGAGUGAUUGAAGGAUUUGAAGACAUUGCUUCUCUUUACAAGAUCCUAGCAUCUCAUGACGACUUGAAAGGUGUCCUUGGCCGUUUGGUUUCGAGCUUCCCUUCUGAAAUUGCACAGUGUCUGGCCAAAUGGACAGAUGCCUUUGAUCGAGUCAAAGCGAGGGAACAAGGACUUCUCAUCCUCAGCUCAGGCGUUGAAGAAGACUAUGACGAAUCGAAGAGUAACAUCAAGAGAUUGGAGGAUGAAUUGAACACCACGCUUAGAGCAUACAGAAGAGAGUUCAAGACCCAGUCGAUCGAGUACAAGGACUUUGGAAAGGAGCUGUACACCAUCGAGAUGCCAAUCUCCGUGAAGGUGCCAUCUUCCUGGAAGCAGAUGGGUGCCUCCAAGAAGACAAAGAGAUGGUGGUCUCCUGAGGUGGAGGCCCUGUCCAAAGAGAUCGCUCGUGCCAGGGAAUUGCACAAGAUCCUGGAGGACUCUUUGAAGAUUAGAAUGUUUGCAAAGUUCGACAAGGACUAUGCCGUUUGGAACAGUGCAAUUUCAAUCGUUGCAAAGAUUGAUUGUUUGGUCUCAUUGGCCAAAACCUCAGAAUCUAUAGGCUUCCCGGCUGUACGCCCACAGUUUGUCGACUCUGACCAGGGAAUCUUACGAUUCGACGAUCUGAGACACCCAUUCUUCAACCACGGCCUUACAAAUGCGAAGGAUUUCAUUCCAAAUUCCAUCACCUUGGGUGGAGAAAAGGCCAACAUGGGACUGUUGACCGGUGCCAACGCAGCUGGUAAAUCAACGGUGUUGAGGAUGACAUGCAUUGCGGUGAUUCUUGCUCAAAUCGGCUGCUACGUUCCAUGUGAAGCUGCUCGUCUGACACCUGUUGAUCGUAUCAUGACUCGUUUAGGUGCCAAUGAUAACAUCAUGCAAGGGAAAUCCACCUUCUUUGUUGAGCUAUCAGAGACCAAACGUAUCUUGGAGAAUGCCACGCCAAAGAGCUUGCUGGUGCUGGACGAGUUGGGAAGAGGAGGCAGCUCUUCCGAUGGCUUUGCCAUUGCAGAGGCUGUAUUGCACCAUAUAGUGACACACGUCCAAUCUUUAGGGUUCUUUGCAACACAUUAUGCCUCUCUUGGAGAGAGCUUCAAGAGCCAUCCACAGGUGCAGCCUUACAAGAUGGCAAUCAUUGUCGAUGAAGCCUCAAAGAAUAUCACGUUCUUGUACAGGCUAGAGCCAGGUGCUGCUGAGGGAAGCUUUGGAAUGCACGUUGCCAACAUGUGUGGUAUUGACUCUGCCAUCAUCAAACGUUCUGAAGAAGCUGCUGAGGACUUUGAGCAUACGUCGAUGCUGAAGAAGAAAGGAUUGGCAAGUUCCAGUGCCAUUCCAUUGGGUCUGCAAUCAGAUUUCUCCAAGUUAUUGGACAAGGGUCUUGUUAACGUGGAAGGUGGGUGUGGUGAAGGUGUGUUGGUGUACAACGAGGCUACAAAGGUGGGAGCAUUGAAGAGUAUUCUUAGUAUGAUCGAUGGUAUUUAA